CUCCCUGGCGGGGGUUCACCCCUUCUUUCAACGACCUUCCCCCUCAGAGCUUUCGACUACCAGAUCAUUGUUGACUAAAAUUUCUUUUUCGUGUAUGAAAGAAGCGCUACCAUGGCACCUGCAGCUACAGGAGAACCUGGGGAAGUAGUCCUGCAAGUAUCCCACACGUCUCAAGUACCGACAGAGAAGUCAGCUGUGACACCAAACACUUGCCAGGCCAGUGUGUUGCAUGGACCCCUGGACCUGCGGCUGGAAACUCGAACUAUCGAAGAGCCCUCCUUGGGUGAACUCCAAAUCCAGAUCAAGUCAACUGGCAUCUGUGGAUCAGAUGUGAGCUACUAUAAGAAGUUUGCCAAUGGAGAUCUUUGCGCUUGUGCUCCUCUAUCCCUUGGUCAUGAAUCCUCCGGUGUCGUAGUUGCCAUUGGGCCACAGGUCAAUGGCUUCAGCAUUGGCGACCGAGUUGCGCUCGAGGUGGGCAUACCAUGCGGUCAAUGCGGCAUCUGUAGGAAAGGGCGGUACAACCUCUGCAAGAAGAUGAGGUUCCGAAGCAGUGCGAAGAGCGUCCCGCACUUCCAGGGAACUCUGCAAGAGAGGAUUAACCAUCCCGCCAUCUGGUGCCACAAAUUGCCGGCCCAUGUCUCCUUCGAUGCAGCCGCCCUCCUCGAGCCCCUCUCCGUCGCCAUCCACUCCGUCAACCGCGCCCUUCCCUCCCCGGGCUCCACCGCCCUCGUUAUUGGCGCGGGGACAGUCGGCCUCCUCGUCGCCGCCAUGGCGCGGCAAUCUGGCUGCACCUUCGUGACGAUCAUGGACGUCGAUGCCGGGCGCGUAGAAUACGCAGUCUCGAAAGGCUUCGCCACUCACGGCUACGUGGUUCCUAAACCCCUCCACUCUAGUGCCUCCUCCCUAUCCGUCUACACCACGUCCGGGAUAUCGACUCCCAGCGACGGCGGCGCCAUGACUCCGCUCUCGAGCUAUAGUUCGAUCAGCGACCGACUCGACGGCGCCAAGGCCGUAGCUGCUGAUGUCCUAGCUGUCGCGAGGCCAGAUAUGCCGGCCCUGGAUGAAGACGAGGAUGAGGGCGUCAACGUGACCUUUGAAUGCACCGGCAAGGAGGCAUGCAUGCAGACCUCGUUGUAUGCCACGAAGCCCGGGGGAAAGGUGAUCAUGGUCGGUAUGGGGACGCCUAUCCAGACGGUCCCGCUCUCGGCGGCGCAUCUGCGCGAGGUUGAUAUCCUGGGCGUUUUCAGGUACGCCAAUACGUACCCGACGGGCAUUAGGUUGCUGGCCGGUAAAGACAACAUGAAAUUGCCGAGUUUGGAUGAUAUGGUGACGCAUAGGUUUAAGGGGCUGGGAGCUGCGAAGCAGGCGUUUGAAUUGGCGGGGAGGACGGUGGACGAUGAGGGUAAGUUGGUGUUGAAGGUGGUUAUUGAAGCUUAGUUACGAGUACAGAUGGUGUGGAAUGGGUACUUGGUAUGGGCAUCUUGGAUCUCUGCAGGUAGGAAAUGUGAAGGGCAUUUCUGGUUUUCAUUGAGGGCGGCUGCUUGUUUGUAGUCCAGCGUAGAUCGUUUUGAUAAUGAUGAUUAAUUUGGUCGGUAGACAACAGCAUGCAAUUUGCUA